AUGGAGAAUCAAACAAAAGUUACUCACUUCAUACUGAAGGGCCUGACAGAUAGACAGGAGGCACAGAACUUCUUAUUUGCUCUCUUCUUGUUCCUCUAUCUAGCAAGUGUGCUUGGAAAUGGUGCUAUUGUGUGUGUGGUGGUGAUAGAGCGUCAACUUCACACACCUAUGUAUCUCUUUCUCAGUAACCUAUCUUGCCUGGACAUUUGCUACUCUACGGUCAUCAUCCCUAAAAUGCUUGUUGGAUUCCUCUUGGACCACCGAAGAAUCUCCUUUGUUGGAUGCAUCAUCCAGCUCCAUUUCUUUCAUUUCCUGGGCAGCAGUGAGGCUCUUCUUCUAGCAGCCAUGGCAUAUGAUCGAUAUGUGGCCAUAUGCAACCCACUGCAGUAUCCACUCAUCAUGUGCCAAAGAACAUGCAUUCUACUGGCAGCAGCUACAUGGAUCACGGGAUUCUUUCAUGCCCUAAUGCAUUCCAUCAUGACCUCCCAACUGCACUUCUGUGGCCCCAAUAUCAUUGAACAUUUCUUUUGUGACAUCAAACCGCUCUUGAGACUGGCCUGCAGUAGCACAAUACUUAAUCUUAGCCUCCUCAACACUGUCACUGGGUCAAUUGUCAUGAUCCCUUUUGUCUUAACUCUCCUCUCCUAUCUUUACAUCAUCUCCUUUCUGUUCUUGAAAGUCCAGUCACACAAUGGGAGAUGUAAAGCAUUCUCUACCUGUAGCUCCCAUCUCAUAGUUGUAGGGUUGCUUUAUGUUCCAGUGCUGUUCAACUACUUACCUCCGUCUUCAGGUGAUUCACCACAGAGAGAUAUGAUAGCCACUCUCAUGUACAGUGUAGUUACCUCUUUUUUGAACCCCCUGAUAUAUACCCUCAGGAAUCAAGAGAUGAAAACAGCCCUGAGGAAAAGCUUGAGUAGGCUACUGCAUUCUAUCAGGAUACAAGUAUAA